UCAGCAGCCGUGGGUGAUGUUUGUGGCACCAGGGCUAUCUGUCCCAGCUGCUUUUAUUGUCCGUGUGAGAGAAGCCGGCAGUGUGGAGGGGCACUGAUUUGAACAUUGGCACAGAGCCGCUGUGCUGGGGGAAGCGCUAUUGUUCUGGGGUGUUAGGAGGACUAUAGGCAUGCCGGGCUUUACAACAAAGCUUCUGGCUGCGUGGAGAUUUCUAGCACGGAUAAGAUUCCUGGCUUGCAUUGCUGGGCUGAGGGAAUCCUAGAAAUGUGGCUGUCAUCCUGAGCCCUGCGGUUCCCGAAGCAGCCGGCUUGGCGGGGCUGUCGUCUGGCUGUUCCAGCCCGGUGAUGGGGAGGAGUGAGCGCGGAGGGUUGCUAUGGCCCCCCUGCUGCAAGCGGAGCGCCGGCCUUUCGCAACCCCACCGCGCGUCCUUGCGCAGCGCAGGGCCGAGCCCCGGUGCAGCGGUGCUGCUGCCCCUCUCGCAGCCCCCGGGCACGGGCGGAGCGGCGGCCGCAGCCCAGGGCUGCUUCCUGGCGGGGGCAGGAAGGAGGGGAAAGGGGGGGCGAGAUCCGGGGAGGUGACAACGGGAGCUCCUCAGCCGGGCCGUGCUGCCGCCGCUGCCUGCAGCAUGGAGAGCUCCGGAGGAGCUGAGAGGAUGGCCUCCCAAGGUGCCCCGGGGACCCGCAUGAUAUCCGCAGUCAACAUCAACAUUUCUACCCCUUUCUUCUACAAUCCGCAGAAGAAGUUUGCACCCGUGGUUGCCCCUAAACCCAAGGUGAACCCCUUCAAGACUGGGGAUGCAUCAGAGCCACCACUGCCCCCGCCUCCUGGAGCUGGCGCCCAGCGUGCUCAGAUAGGGAAGGUGGGGGAGAUUCCACCAGCAACCAUGUCCCUGCUGCCAGAAGACCUGCCGCUGCCACCUCCCCCACCACCUGGAGAGGAGGCAAGCUUCUCAAACUGUGCUUUUCCCCCACCUCCACCCCCCUUCGAAGAGCCUUUUCCACCAGCCCCAGAAGAGGUUUUCCCUUUGCCGCCACCACCACCGAUGUUCGAUGAAGGGCCGGUGAGCAACGUACCUGCCCCUCAGGAACGUGGCAAGAUGAGCAGCGUUGAUCUUGAGAUUGAGUCACUGUCCAUAAUGUUGGAUGACAUGGAGAAGAAUGACCCCUUCAGACCCCGGAUAUCUCCAGGAUCCACAGGUUCUCUGGAGAAACCAUCAGCACCAAAAGCCCGUGUGGAAGUACCGUCUGCAUCCAAAGAUACUCCUCUUUCCUUUCCUUCCAAGUUCACUCCAAAGCCAAGUGGAACCUUAUCUUUCAAACCCCCUGGGUCAGAUUUGACCCCAGCCCCGUGGGCAGCCCCACAGCAACGCAAGGAGCCCCCAGCACCAGUCCCUCCACCACCUUCUCUCCCUUCUGCUCAGCCUACCCCUACAUUCACCCCACCUAAAUCUGUUGCUGGCUCUCCUAAAUCUGGGUCCAAACCAAGUGCCAGUGUUUCCAUGGCUCCAUCAAACUCUGCAAGAUAUCCUACCUCCCUUCAGACUCAGUUCACAGCCCCUUCACCUUCAGGUCCCUCCUCUCGGCCACAACCUCCCAAUUUCACCUAUGCCCAGCAGAGGGAAAGACCCCAAGUGCAGGAGAAGCAGCGUCCAACAGAGCAACCUGCUGCUGCAAAAGACACGCAUAGACCCACAGGCUCCAGUGCUGAUCCACCUAGGGGAAAUUCCUGCCUGACUAUGAAGGAGGUAGAAGAGCUGGAGAUGUUGACCCAGAAACUAAUGAAGGAUAUGGAGCAUCCACCCACAGUAGAGGCCGCUACUUCUGAGCUCUGUGGCUUCUGUCGGAAGCCUCUGUCACGAACCCAGCCAGCUGUGAGGGCCCUGGACUGCCUCUUCCAUGUGGAAUGCUUCACCUGCUUCAAAUGUGAGAAGCAGCUGCAGGGGCAGCAGUUCUACAAUGUGGAUGAGAAGCCCUUCUGUGAGGACUGCUAUGCUGGGACCUUGGAAAAGUGCAGUGUCUGCAAACAGACCAUCACAGACCGGAUGCUGAAGGCCACUGGUAAUUCGUACCAUCCCCAGUGCUUUACCUGCGUGAUGUGCCAUACCCCUCUUGAAGGGGCUGCUUUUAUUGUGGACCAGGCCAACCAGCCUCACUGUGUGGAUGACUACCACAGGAAGUAUGCUCCACGCUGUUCAGUCUGUAGUGAGCCCAUCAUGCCAGAGCCUGGGAAGGAUGAGACAGUGCGUGUUGUGGCCUUGGAGAAGAAUUUCCACAUGAAAUGCUACAAAUGUGAGGACUGUGGGAAGCCCUUGUCCAUUGAAGCAGACGAGAAUGGGUGCUUUCCACUGGAUGGGCACGUGCUGUGUAUUAAAUGUCACACCGUUCGUGCCAAAACAGCUCGCUGAGGAGCUUGUAGUGGGUGUUCCCUUGAGACCCCUGCACUCAAUACUCUUCCCCUCCCCGCAUUGUCCUAUCCCUCUGCCUGAGAAGGCAGAUUGCUACCAUUGGAGACUAUGCCAGCACAGCUCUUUACUUAUGUAGGAUUCACUGCUCCUAGACUUCUGUCUGCACACCCACCAAGCAGGUACCUCUCCUCCUGUUGCCACGUCCUGGCCACCAUGUAUUCCAGGCUGGGGCUGUGAUGGUGAGUGCACAGUCUCUGUUCCCUCAAGACUGGAGGAGAAAGACCAGACCUCCACCACCGCCUGGUGGAAGUGGCAAGAAUGACCUGAUGGCAGGUGCUGGGAGGGGCUGAGCAUCAUUCUGUGCCACGGAGCCAAGAGUGGCCAUUUGACCUUAGAAAGUGGAAGCCUCUAUCUCAGUACUGCUUCUGUCUUCAUUUGUUUUUCCCUCUUGCUCUUCCUUUCACGAUGGGGAAGUCUUGCCCUACCCAAUCCCUCGCUCCUGGGUUAGGGUGUGGAGGCAGAACAUACUGGGAAUCCUUGUUAUUGUUGCUGUGAAAAGCUAACCUAGCAUAGCUUUUCUGUCUCUAAUGGAUUUUACUGGCUGUUUCGUUACAUUUGAUUUCCCCCUUAGCCAGAUUAAACUGGCAGCGUUUGGAAUCCUGCUCUAUUCCCGAGUUUGGAAAGUUGUUUUCCAGUCUUUCUCCCUCCCCAGAAUGAGUCACUUCCCAGUGUGUUUGCUGGGCAACCAGGCUGGGCACCAGAGUAGCAAAGCGAUCCAAAGAAAGCAUGUUUACAAAUACAGACCGUCAUAAGGACGGGCAGCACACGGUGGGGAGGUGUCUCAGUGUGUGGAAGAGGAUUCAGCAGACUAAGGAAUGUCUCCCUGUUCCAGUAGGAAUUCUUUCCCUGCUGUCAGUGAAAGCUGUGGUGUAAUAGCAAUGUACUGUCUGGCUCUAAGUGUUACUGCACUGAGCCCCAUUUCCUGGACUAGAAACUCUGAAACCCAACAAAGCUUUUGAAUAGCUACACUGUGCCAACCACUGUUUGCGUUCAAUAAAAUGUAGGGUUUUUUUCCAU